UCUUGUCAGUGAUUGGUGCGUAGUUUAUACUUUUCUGUGUCCUGAUUGGUCACGCUCUGAACUUGCAUUCCGCUUCCUUCUCGUAACCUGCACUGGAGCGUUUACGAGCAACAUGGCGCUCCCAUUGAGCCGCUGCUGGAGGUGGACUUUAGGGAGUAGUGCCGGUAUAUCCUUAUUAAAUACUGUAUGUAGCGGUAAUGGACGUCCUGCUGCUAUUGCGACCGCGUCGAUUUUGUCUGGGGACAGGCUUGUGAAUCUAACGCCAGUCAAGAAAUUCAGGAGUCUUUCGAGGGAUAAUUUCCGGUCGCUCCCUGGUUCAGGAAGCGCCUGCACCUGCGGCGAGGUUCACAGCGAUGCCAAAAUAAAAGACCCCUUUGCGCUCGCACAGAAAGACUUGAGGAACUUGUACGAGGACAUCAAGAAGGAGAUGUUCGUAUCUGUUGCAGAGCUAAAAUCUUUGUGUGACUACUACUUUGACGGGAAGGGCAAAGCUUUCCGGCCUAUGAUAGUGGUGCUGAUGGCUCGUGCCUGUAACCUCCACAGCCACCGAGAUGGUGAUCUUCUACCAGCCCAGCGCUCUAUAGCGAUGAUCUCAGAGAUGAUCCACACGGCAAGUCUGGUUCAUGACGAUGUCAUCGACGGGUCUGACAUAAGGAGAGGCAAAACCACCGUCAACAAUGUCUGGGGCGAGAGAAAGGCGAUUCUGGCUGGGGAUUUCAUCCUCUCUGCAGCCUCCAUGGCUCUGGCCCGGAUUGGCAACAACACCGUGGUAGCAGUAUUGUCUCAAGUCAUUGAGGACUUGGUGAGAGGUGAAUUUAUGCAGCUGGGAUCCAAAGAAAACGAGAGUGAGCGAUUCAAACACUACCUCGAGAAAACCUUCAAGAAGACCGCCAGUCUGAUCGCGAACAGUUGUAAAGCAGUAUCAAUUCUUGUUAGCUCUGACCCUGAGAUCCAUGAAAUUGCUUAUCAGUAUGGAAGGAACAUCGGAAUCGCAUUUCAGCUGAUUGAUGAUAUACUGGACUUUACAUCAUGUGCAAACCAGCUAGGAAAGCCCUCUGCUGCUGACCUCAAGCUUGGCUUGGCUACAGGACCAGUUCUGUUUGCCUGCCAGCAGUUUCCUGAACUACAUGCCAUGAUCAUGAGGAGGUUUGGCUCCAGUGGGGAUGUGGACCGGGCCUGGCAGUACGUUCUUCAGAGCGAUGGCGUCCAGCAGACCCUGUAUCUCGCCCAGAGCUACUGCCAAGAGGCCAUCCGGCAGAUCAGCCAGCUCCGCCCAUCCUCGGAGCGUGAGGCGCUGAUCCGACUGACGGGGCUGGUCCUGAGCCGGGACAAGUGAUCGCUGUCCCCUCCAUCCCACUGACAACCCAAGCAGCUCCAGGAUCGUGUGGCAGAGCAGGAGGGACGGCACUGAGCCAUGCUUGACCUGCCAAAGGUUAACGAGGAACGAAAGAUGAUUAAGGCAGCACGGUACCACAUGCUCCGUCUCAGGCCUCCAUGACUGGGGAGGGACUUUGACUCCCGGGGUUGAUGGGAGCGGAAAUGUCACUGGGGAUGCAAAGUCCCUGGAGAGCCGUGAGAUUCCUCAGUCUCGUAUGACAAGGGUGCGGUGCUUCAGUGUUAGCGAUAUUUGUGGCCUUAAUACUUCUGUCAUGUAUUCGAAUAAAAAUGAUUUUUAUUGA